UAUAUAAAUAUGGUGAUAUUAAGAUUUAGUUCUGUUAAAACACAGAGAAGUGGGGGCUUUUACGAAUGGUCAGAAAAAUAUUCAUAUUAGGUGAUUAAACUUGAAGAUAUCAAAGAUAUCAGACAUAAAUUUAUCACAAUGGAGCAUAUCGAUGGAAACUGGUUUCGAGAGGAAAACGACAAAUGGAGUGGUUAUAGCAUUGGCAUAGAAAUAGAGAGAAUUCUGUACUUUGAAAAAACAGAGCAUCAAGAAAUAUUGGUUAUUAAAAGUAAAUCAUUCGGAAAUGUACUUGUGUUAGAUGGUGUUAUAUCGGCCGCUGAACGGGAUGAGUUUACAUAUUUGGAAAUGAUGGCUAACUUACCACUAAACUGUCAUCCAAAACCAGAAAAGGUUUUGGUUGUAGGUGCUGGUGGUGGUGGAGUUGUAAAAGAGGUUUUAAAGCACGAAUCUGUACGGAAAGUUGUCGCUUGUGAAAUUGAUAAGAAAGUUGUGGAUGUUUGUCAGAAGUAUUUUCCUAGUUUGGCACAGGAUUAUGACGAUGACCGCGUUGAACUAUUUAUUGCAAAUGGGGCACACUAUAUGAAAGAACACAGUGAGGAAUUCGAUGUUAUAAUUACAGACUCUUGUUUUGAAGGACCUGGCGAAGGAUUGUUUACAGAUGGAUAUUUCAAAAGCAUGAAAAGGGCGCUAAAACAAGAUGGUGUUUUAUGUUUUCAAGGUGAAAACAUGUUCAUUGAGCUCCCAUUGAUUAAAGAGAUGAUGACCAUAUCUAGGAAAAUAUAUCCCAAAGUUGAAUUUGGAUAUUCUGUUCAGCUAACAGUUAAUGGUGGUCAUUUUGGCUUUAUUCUAUGUAGUCUAAACAAAGAUACUAGUUUUAAGGAACCUUUGAAAAAGUACACAGAUGAAGAAAUAGAAGAGAUGAAUUUCAAGUUUUAUAACGCUGAUAUUCACAGGGCAUGUUUUAGUCUUCCCAACUUUGUCAAGAAAGAGCUAUACCGCGAUGCAGUGAUAGAACAAUAUACUUCCAUAUGACAAAGGGACAGACUAUAUAUCACAUGCAUUCAAAUGUAGCAACAUGUUUACAAUGUAUACAGACAUUCUGUUUCAUUUUUUAAUCAAUAUUGUGUUAAAAAUUAUGUCAAAAUGUAGUAAUAAAUGUGCAAUACUUAAUAUAUAGAUA